AUGGGGUACUGUGAGGAGCACAAGGUGACCUAUGCCACUUACUUGUUGUGUGGUGAAGCGGAAGACUGGUGGAGGUUUGCCGGUCAGACUCUACCACAAGAAGGUGGCUACAUCCAGUGGGAGACCUUCAAGGCGAUCUUCCUAGGGAAUUACUUUCCCCGGGACCUGAAAAAGCAGAAAGCUAAAGAGUUCCUUGAGCUAAAGAAAGGAAACAUGACUGUGGAAGAAUAUGCGGCUAAAUUCCAAGAGCUGAUGAAGUACUGGCCUCACUACUGGCAUGGUGAUGGAGAGGAAGAUUUGUGUUCUCAGUUUGAGAACGGAUUGAGGUCGGACAUCCGAGCUGCAGUCAGUAUAUUUCAACUGACCGACUUGCCCAUUCUGGUGAGCAAGAGUAGGAUUUUUGAAGCUAACACAAGAAAGAAGACAGUAGACACUAGGGGAGCUGGUCCAGUAAGACAUGACAGAAGACCGCUGAAGUUCUCAAAGAGGCCGUAUUUGGGCUCGAACAAUUCUCAAUCCACAGGGCAUUAA